AUGAAACGAGAGGAGAGGCUUACAACGGAGAAUGACGGCGAAGCUUUUCAUUCAAGUCCAAACCCAGAGAUUCAAGCGAUGAAUUCGCUAGUGAAGACGAAGAAGAUCUCAAUUACCAAUCGUGCAACGAAACAAUCUCACGGUGAACGAUCCACAGAUGGGAGACCAGAAGUAGACAGUGCCAUUAAACUAAGCUUUAUUCCACUUGUUUAUGAGCUUGUUCCCAUGUCUAUAAAUUCCCUUUUAGAAGUUUUCACAGUUCAUAGUGUGAGGAAUCAACCAAUGGUCAUAAUGCCAGUUGGCGAUCCGCCGAUAUUCCCAGUGAGAAGAGGAUAA